AUUAACUUCUUGGGAGUGAAUCACAGCCAGAUAACUAAAAAUGCAUCUCAAUCCACGCCGCAAUGAUUUUACAGGAUUAGGGGCGACCGGAGCUGGAGCCGGAAUGGGCGCUGCGGCCGGUGAAAAUACUUCUGCCGCAGUAGGACGUCGAAAGUCAUUGAACUAUCAGGGGCAGCUUUCUUUAAAAUCGAAUGGAGAUGAGUCAACGAUGGCAAUAGCCGGUCGAUUCAGUCCGCAUCCGAAUGAGAUAUAUUUAGCUCAAUCUGGUAAGCUAACAAUACCAGUGAACAAAUUUGAUGAUACGCUAAUCAAUGGCAGUCUCCCGCCACCAUCUCCGGCUCCGCAUAGCGAUUGCUUGCCGACAAGUCAGAGUAAAAAUCAAAAUCAAUCAAAUUUUAAUAGUAAAAUCGGUAUUUGCAACAAUAAGGCAGCCAAUCAACUACAACAGCUCAAUCUAGAUCAUUUUCAACAUCACGCCCACUCGCAAUGUCAUCCGCUGUCGUCAUCGAACUCGUCUUCGUCCCUUUGUACAAACAAUUCCGUUCUAAGCAUGCAACCCGACAGUUCGGCAAGUACUCAUUAUAAGCAGAUCGACAAAUAUGGUGUUCAGCAGCAUUCAACUGCUACACAUCCCAUGUCACCCAAUACAAAGUAUCGGUAUCGAGAUUCGUCACAAAAGCUGAAAUUAAUGGAAGUAAUAAACUUAACAACAGUUGCAACAACAACGUCUUCAGCUGAAAUUCAAACUCCGACUACAGCUUCGGUUUCGGCUUUAAACUCUGCUUCGGGUACAGCUUCAUCAAUUGGACGAUAUUUUAUAACACCCAAGCAAGUGAUGCAAUGCGAUUCAUAUGGUGGUUAUUUGGGCCCAACGGUGCAUACACCAGUGAAACGCUAUGUUCCAACACCACCCACAGUUAGUGAUAUAUACCCAGACUUGCCGGUAACGUCACCUUUACUGCAAUCACAAUAUGUGAAUAUACCAUAUAGUUAUCGAGCCAAAUGUUGUCCCAAUGAUCACCAGCAAAGUGAAACUGGCCAGCCACAAUCCAGUUACUCGAAAAGUGCUCAGACCUAUAAUAUGGUAUCGACAUCAACAUCAUCUACGAGUUGUCCAUGCUCGUCCUCAUCGCUAAUCUCAUCGUUUCCAACACCGCUAUCUGCAGUUAAUGUCUGUUCACCGAAUGUUGGACCUAAUUCAAAGAAUGUUGGAAUGUGCAGUAAAUUUCGAUCAAACGCAACCGAUUCACGUCCCAUUAUCUGUAGUAAUUCGGAUGGGAGCGAAGCCGUUAUAACCAUACAUUCGGCAAUGACUCAGAGUGAAUCAGAACGUCAAGGGUUAACCCAAAUUCAGAGUGAAGGCACUAGCGCAACAUGUUUGCAUUGUAAUACAACGCGGCGCACAACAGGUGUGCAUCAGACAACCCAGACAACUGGGCCAAUUAGCCCAGUACCUGUAGGGCUGCCCAUGGCUUCGGAUCUGGGUAAGCUAAAGCAGCACGAUCAAGAAAUUUUAUUGGCAGCGCAAGAAAAUAUUAUUGCAGUAGAUGGAAAUUCUUCUGAAAUAUAUUCGAUGUCACAACAGCAACAGUUAAAGAUCAACGAAAACUUUCACCGUCAAAACCAGCACCCACAGGAAAUCUAUCAGGCUGCCCAGAUUCCUAGCUCUCAUCAUUUGCAGCAGCUUCAGAAUCUCCAGCAACAGCCAGUCCCCGUGCAACAGCAUCAGCAGCAACAGCAUCAGCAGCAACAGCAUCAGCAGCAACAGCAUCAGCAGCAACAACAGCAUCAUCAUCAGCAGCAACAGCAGCAGCAUCAGCAGCAACAAGUGCAGCACCUUAUUCAUCGGCAUUCAUGCAAGAAACGUAUAAUCAUUCAUUUAAGAAGAGAAAUUUCACGUUUCUUUGGAGUGGAAGCGAGUACUGAAGCAACAGACUUUGCCAUCUGGUAUGGUCGCCAUCGACGUCUGGCAAUCAGACGCUUCGGUCCAUUGAACAGCAAUAACGAGCAAGAAUUUAAUGUAGACAAUGGAAGAGAUGGAACAAUUAUUGAACCAAAUGGGAAUAGCAAUGGCAAUAAUUACUAUACAACCGAUCGUCCCGAUAUAUUGCCAGCUCAAGACUCGCAGCAUGCGGACGUAUCUGUUGGCACUUCUAAAUGGCGAAAGUGUUAUGCCAGAAACGAUUUCAAUUCCAAUGAAUUUGUGGAACGCAAAGCUUCGGUUGCACAUAUGUUGAUGACAGGUGUUAGCUAUUUGAUCAACGUAUUGCAAAUGCGAUCUGCGAAUUUUGGCCAUGGUUUCAACAUUAACCAACGACGUAAUCGUCAAUGGUCGCGCAGUUUUGCCCCAAACCAUGUGCAUGUCAGAGAACUGGAGAUGGAUGCUGUUGAAGAUCGCAACAUUAGCAUUGCUGAUAGCCUAACUGCGUUGAUCGAUGACGAGAUCUUCUUCGAUCAUCCCUGCGAUACCUCUAAAUCUUCAGUUAACGAGGAGAACAUUGAACAAGCUAACAAACAAAAUGGGAUCGCAGUUGGUGCUGGUGUUGAGGCCAGCGUUGGUGUUUAUAUGGCUGAGCGACAUCAUAAUGGUUGGCGCACCUCGGCUCUUAAUGGCAAUGGAAAUGGGACAGAUCUUCAUUUGAUUCCGGAUCACAUGCCUCUCGGCGCCAACAACAACAGUAACAAUCCUGUUCCAUCUGUGUUGCGCGCCAAUUUACCAUCGAAUUUGACAUCAACAUCAGCUAUGAAUCGUGGGAACCGAAUCACACCCCAAUUGCUCGAUGGAGUUCUAGAGAACUCGCGUCGUCCACAAAGACAACACAUUAAAUAUAUGUCCAUUAAUGACUUAGACGAUCGUUGCGAUCAUAGGCCCUUUUUUACAUACUGGAUAAAUACGGUGCAAAUUGCUGUGCUAUUUCUAUCAAUUGUUUGUUAUGGCAUCGCACCGAUAGGUUUUGGCAACGAUCAGAAGACCGGACAGGUGCUGGUUACUAGUUUAAGUCUGCAAACGGUGCAGCACAUUGAGCAGCGAAAUCUUUGGAUAGGUCCUCGCAACAAUGAUCUUGUCCACAUGGGUGCUAAAUUUGCGGCCUGCAUGCGGCGAGAUUUCAAAGUAAUGGAAGUUGUAACAAAAACCCGAAGACAGGAGCGUGAAACGGCCUGUUGUAUACGGAAUGAUGAUUCCGGCUGCGUGCAAAGCUCACAGGCGGAUUGCUCUAUACGUGGUCUUUAUCCAACAAAGUCCAUAUCCACUUGGAAAAAAUGGUCACCCGGCGAAUCGGGCCCCGGCGGACGAAUAUCAGGUUCAGUAUGUGGCCUAGAUCCGAAAUUUUGCGAUGCACCCGCAUCGAUUGCUCCAUACGAGUGGCCCGAUGAUAUAACUAAAUGGCCGAUUUGCCGGAAAACUAAUUCAUUUUCUCAACGAUAUCGCUAUAAAGAUCACACGGCCGAGCAUAUGGUCUGUGAAGUGAUCGGUCAUCCUUGCUGUACCGGAGUUUAUGGGGAAUGUAGGAUAACCACACGAGAGUAUUGUGAUUUCGUUAAUGGAUAUUUUCAUGAAGAAGCUUCUCUCUGUUCACAAGUAAAUAUGAGAUAUACCUUAUAAUUUAAA